AUGCCGCCAAGACAAGCUAGACGUCGUGGAGGCAGAACCAUCCCACUGAAUGAAGUGCAUACGCUCGCUGACAAUUUGCAACAACAUAUGCAACAACAAAUUGAUGAGUUGACGCGGGAAUUUGAGCGUCUGAGGGCGGAAAGAAACAAUUCACCACCUCGUUCCAGGACCAAAGAUUCCAAUGGUGACUCUUCAUCUUCGGAGAAUGUUCAACCAUUUCGCAAUCGGAGGAAUGUUCGACGUCACGAGCAAAACAUUCGUGAACCGGAGUGGGAAAAAGAAGUUAAAACGGAUAUCCUGGAAUUCUCAGGUAAUGAUUCUCCUGAAGAAAUUGUUGACUGGCUAACACUUGUUAAUGAAGUGUUUGAGCAUCGAAAUGUUCCGGAGGAUCAUCGAGUCAGAAUCAUCGCUAUGCGAUUCAAAGGUAAAGCCAUCGCUUGGUGGAGGCGUGAGAAGCAAACUCGCCAAUCCGUUGGCAAAGCGCCAAUUACCUCGUGGAGGAAGAUGGAAGACAAGAUCCGAAAGUAUUUCCUACCUAAGGGAUACAAGAGAGAGCUCUAUCAACGGUACCAAAAUCUGAGACAAGGUACGCGAACGGUGGACCAAUACACCAACGAAUUCAAUGAGUUGGUGAUUCGCAACAACAUUCAAGAUCCAAAGGAAAUGCUUGUGAGCAAGUACUUGAAUGGCCUUCAACUUCAUAUUCAAGAUGCCCCGGAAGUCCUUGACAUUUGGGACUUAGGAGAUGCACACCAACGAGCACUCAAGGUGGAGCGUUCUCGCUCAAGGAGGCAACAAUCCUCUAUCAUGACCAAUCGACCCGCUAGGAGUACCCCCGGCACCACCAAAGUUGCUAAGGCUACGACGCAAACCACUAGUAAGUUUCCUAAUCAGCCCAACAUUUUGAAGCAACCAACUACGUCCGAUAUUCGUUGCUAUACUUGUGGUGAGUUGGGUCAUCGUGCUAGCAAUUGCCAAAAGAACAAGAAUCGACAAGCCGGCAAAGCCUUCUUAGUGGAUAACGAUUCUGAUGAGGAUGUGGAGGAUCCGCUCGAAGAAGAGGUGAAUGAUGUCGAAGAGUCCGCAGGUGACGAGCAAAUAGUGCAUGUUGAUUCUGGUGAAUUUCUGAUGGUGAGAAAAAUCUUUCUAGUUCCUCGUGAUGAGACCAGAGAUAGGUGGCUGCGCACCAACAUUUUCCAUUCCGCUUGCACGAUUAAGGGGAAGGUAUGUCAAUUGAUUAUUGACUCUGGAUGCUGUGAGAAUAUAAUUUCUGAAAUGGCAGCGAACAAACUAAAGUUGGAGUUAAAGGCGCACCCCACACCUUACAAGAUGCCGUGGCUAUCAAAAGGCACCGAGAUAACCGUUUCCAAACGCUGCCUUGUUAAUCUAUCCAUUGGUUCUGUUUAUUUCGACAAGAUAUGGUGCGAUGUUCUACCGAUGGAUGCUAGUCAUGUUAUUCUUGGGUGA